CACACGAGGUGACGUCAUGUUGUUUUCGAACGUCAUGCGCGAAAGAAAGAGUGGUGACGAAACUAUGAAAAUUCAAAAUGGCCGCUUCUUCGUGGGUUUGGGAAGAAGACGGUAUUAUGGAUAUCCAGACACAACCUGUGUCUUUAACGUAUUGUUCAAACCUGAACUGUAUCAUCCUUACCCGGACCGACAAUACUAUCGACAUAAUCGACGUGAAUUCUGGGGACAUAGUGAGGAAAACUGUUGUUUUAAGCGAGAAUAAUCCUGGCAGUCUACAAUGUGUGUUCAACCCUGUGGCUGGCAACCUUGUCGUUACUGAUGGCAACUCUAUCGGAUUAAGAAAAGAUUUAAAUGGCAUUUACCUGCUCAAGACUGCCUUGCAGCCCCCCGUGGAAAAUGCAAGAGAUGGCGAGAUUGUUGUAGAAAUGACACUACCUGAUAUGGAACAUGUUCUGUCAGGACUUCAGACGUGUAUGAAAGAUGCACACGAGCCCCACCUGUCAAAAAUGGAAAGGCUGAACAACAAAAUAAUCGAGAGCAUAAAACAAGUUAAAUCAAAGAUUAAUGAUGGUGAUGAAAAACUGCAAAAGUGGGCAUCCUGUGACAUCAAAGUGGAGACAGACCUCAUUCACUCGACCCUGAACCACAUGGUCACCCUGCUUCACACCUCUUCCACCAAGGGUCCCCAGCUAUCCUCCACAUCCGCAUUACUCUCGCAAGUUUGCAGCUUGCUGCCUGUGUCAAGUAAUGACCAAAGUGAUGUUGUGUUGAACAGAAGACAGAUGUGGAGCGAGGUGAAUCGUAGAAAAACUUUCAUCAACUGGCCUCACAGGGACUACAAAUGGGCUGUGCCUGAUACCAUGGCCCAGGCUGGCUUUUACCAUCAGUCUGAUCGCCGUACCUACCCUAGCUCUGUCGACAGAGCAGUUUGUUUUACGUGCAGUGUCGGUCUUGUGUGUUGGGAACCAACAGAUGAACCUUGGUCGGAACACGAAAGACAUUCGCCCAAAUGUCCGUUUGUCCGCGGAGAGUGCACGGAGAAUGUCCCUCUGUCCGUUACUAUUGCAACCUCCCCCGCUCAAUUUCACAGUCAAGAAAAACAAAAGAUUUCCUGUGUCAGUUCUGCAACCUCUGUACCCCUGAUGGCAACUUCGAGUGAGAAAGGGCAAAUCGUGGUUUGGGAUAUAAGAGAUGAAUUGAAGGUGCGCACGCGAGUAAGACUGAAACUGGAUAAUAAAAUUUUGUCUAACGAUGUCGGUGAACUGGACGAUCUAUUGACGGCUGACGUCAUGCGUGACGUCAUCGAGGAGAGUACCAAAGAAGCGCUAGAAGUCGAACCAGAAAAGGGUGGUCUGAGUUCUAGUGGCAAGGCCACUUCGUCUGGUAGCGGUGAAUGUGACAAAAAUACUACAACAGAAAAAGAUGACACCAUUGAAGAUAAGGCGACGAUUGAAAUGAGAUCCCAGCAUCUUCCAGUUCAAGUGACCUCCGUUGGUAUGCUCAAAAACAGCCAAGAACGCGAGACAACCGUUGAAACGCAAAUCAUUCAUACUGCAAUACCAGAAGCAAUGCUCAUUGCUUGCGUCAACACCACUCCUAGCGACUCCUCAAAACCCGCGCGCCCUCACCUUCUUGUGUGCGAAAUACCCGCGGACAAAAACCGACCAGGCACUCCAUCGAAAGUGCCGAAAUCAGACGAAGGCAAAGGUAAAAGCAAGUCAGUAUCGUACAGCACACAACUCUCGUUCGAAAGCGAAGAUGAAUAUUACGACCCAUUGUUUUCAGUGCCAAGUGUCUUCCAUGGCAUUCCCAGCCCCCUUAAGAACGGUUUCCCGAAGUCUGGGACUGAGAAAACGGACGAAACCCAGAUUGUAAAAAAUGCAAAAGUUGUGCAGUGUUUGAGUAUAAAAGAACUCGAGUUGGAAUGUCUUAAAGUCGCUCAGGUUAUUCCCUAUGAAGAUGGCAGCCAUGUUCUCUUCGUUUUGACAAGAAGGCAGCAAAAUUGUAACCAAGAAUCCAGAUUUAGCGAACAAAAUCCCAACGAAAAUAAUCCUUUGGAGUUGAAAAGCGAUAGCUUUGACACACAAAUCGCAUCCAAGGUGAACGGUGAAAUAGAUAAGUCGAUUGGUGAUGUUCAAACCAUCUCAGUUGGGAGUAGUGUUUUGGCGGCCGCAAACGAGCCAAUUGAAAACACUUCAGACUACAUCCCCGCGGAAAUAGACGAAUACAGUAAUCAUGAAUUAUGUGAUGAUAAUCUUCCUAGUACAAGUUCCGACUCGAUUACGGCUGAAUCCGAACCUAGCAACGAUACAAAAACGCGUGAUAACACCAAGUAUUCCGAAGGAACUCACGAGGAAUGUCCGACCGCCGAACUUAAAUCUCCUAACAACGUGAAGUAUCUCGAAGAAAUUUGUGAUAUUACAGUGCCUGCGGGCGCAGAGUUAGAGAAAAAUGUUAUAUCAAAUGUAGACCUUAGAAAUAGCGAAGGAAACUCGACUGUUGGAUCAAAUACUCCUGGUAACAUGAAGUAUUCUGAAUCACGACACUCGGAAUCUUCACAAGAGAACUCAAACGUUUCCCAUAAGAUGAAAACCAUUGCGGACAGCUCUGAAACGGAGUUGCUCCAAAGAUAUAAUGGUAGAUAUGAAAAAAAUUACUCAGUUUGUCUGUUACUGUACAAAACACGGAAAGAAAAGGGGAGGACAUUGUUAGAGGACUCGCCAUGUAGGUCAGUGUUGACGACCUCUGAAGAAGAUCGUUUAUGCGAUGUAUUUCUCCUGCCUGAUGACGCCGAAGACUCCUUUAUGCCCAGUUCAGCCGAAGCGAAUGAUUAUAAUAAUGUUUAUCUCGCAGGUGUGUCUUCUGAAGGAUCUCUGGCAGUGCUGGAUGGUUUUACCUUGGGAACGGUUGCGAGAUUUUCCCCGGGUAACGUGGAAACGGAAGGACGGAUACACAGCGCUAUAUUUUGCUCGGGAUUAGGAUCGUUCUGCAUGUGUACGGAGAAUGGGAAGCUGCACUUCCUUCAUCUUGUCAAGAAGAACGAGUCCACGGAUGAGGUUGAUUCGGCUGGUGGAAGUCGGGCAUUUGAUUCCGAGAAACAUUUGAAAGAACCAACUGAAAGGAUCCCACUGGACGAUCUUUCACUGAAGACGUUAAGAUCUCUUGCCGAAAUGACGACAUUUGAAAAUCUUGUCCCGCGAUACACUGCGCUCGUACCAGUCUUCUGGAGUGAGAUCCAGCAGGAACAGCAGCAAAGGAGACAUCCGCAGCAUUUACUGCAAAACUCCCAGGGAGACGCCAGUUGUCACACAAGAACCUGGAGGUUGCAAAAGAAAGGGCUGGUUGGCGGUGACCAGUUAUUCAAGCUCAUGUUGCCACGCCCUUGCUACGUCGGUCACGUGGGCAUCACGUUCACAAUCAACAAAUCGUCAACGUCCAAGAACAAAGUCCAAGUGAUAUUAUCCAAACCACGCAGUACUUCUUUAAGACCAAAGCCCGCACAACCCUUCACGAUUUCGGGCUCACAACCCACCCAUGAUGACGUAAUAUGUGGACCUGUUGAUCUGACGAAAAACCUUAUGCCGUCCAGGGAUAAGGGCCAUGUGGUGUUGACCAGUGCAAGUUUACUCAAGGCCAAAGUUCGUACCUUACACGUGCUGUUUAAAAGUGAAGCAAAAACCCCCGGUAAGGGGGAUGAAAGUUCCGGUGGGAGAAAUGGCUUUAGCGAUCUCGAGGAGAUAUCCAUUACGGUUCGCUCUUUGAGUCCAGGCUUCAACGCGGACAUUUUUGGUGCGUUGUUGGAGACACCGGGCUUUUGCCCCCGGCUAAUGGAUAUCGUAUGCGAAGAGCCUAGCAGUGAGGUCAGCGGGCAAGAACGCGAAGACCUUCAGUGGGUCGCACUGGAGUUACUGUGUUGGAUUGCAGGAAUCUCUGUACACCAGCCUGUCAGCAAGGAAAGUUUGGCGAGCCGCGUUCUGGAAAGAUUACCAAUGCUGAUCCAGUCAUGUUUGCUGUCGUCCUCACGAAGUAUCGCUCACAAAUGCAGUCGACUGAUUGUGUUAUGUGUCAGUCAACUAUGUUCCGCGGAAAACGACAGCGAAGUAAAGAGCGGUGUUCUCAAGUCUUUCAUCGAUCUACUGCCAUCGAUAAUCGCCUCGGAGUCGAGUGGUGGCAUCCACUGGUUUUUCACACUCAUGACCGGUAUGUUGGGCUCAAAGGACCAAGACUGCGUUGGAAGAUCUUGCAUGGAAAUGCUGAUGAGUAUUGCCCAGCAAUUGGACAGUAAAUUAACCUAUCAUGAUCGCAUAUUAAGAUCCAGUUUCAGAUUAUAUGGCACGCCCCUGGACCCUAACUUCUUCGAUGUCUCCAUGGAAACCAUGGGGCUAUUCGCCACCAGCAAGCUAUCUGAUGAUCUUCUUGAUCCGAAAAACAUUGGAAAGAAUACUCACGAUGUGGAUGAGAUUGACCUCAUGGAUUAUAUCAUUGCCAGAAGUGGCGGUCGUACGCUUGGGCCAUCGUCCAAGAUGGAACAACUCCUGUCUUCGAUGUACGGCAUAUUGGAAGUGGAGCCUCUGGAUUUUGCCUGUUCCUCCAUGAGCAAUGGUUGCAAGAUUGAUUACUGUCAGGGGAGUGGACCCCAGGGUGGGGAGAACAAUGGUAUAGGGUCGUUGUACUACCCAAGUGCAAGUGGUGGUGACCCCGCAGUACCAAUGUCUACAUUUCAAGACCAUGUCAUACAACUCAAGGAACACGAGAAACUUCUGAGUAAACUUCAAAAACAGAAACAGCAACUGGAGGAACAGCAUCAGGAGUUGGAAGAACUCGGUGGAAUGCUCUUCUCACCCAUGAACGCUGCACAGAAAGACACGAUGUUGGAACACGCUUGGGGGGUGAAGGAUAUGUCCCCUUCUCUUAUGUACAAGUUUGGCCCCGCUUCUACAUUUGGCGGCGUUAAGGCCCCUUCUUUGUUUGGUAGCAAAACGUCCUCUCAACCCGCUUCGAUAAAGGCGAGUCCUAUUCCUGUUCCACAGUCACGAGCAUCUUUUCAGCUACCAGUACCCAAGCUCUUAACGAUCGAGAAGCUUCAGACGGGUGCUCGACAUUUUGUCGUGUUGGACUUUGGUCAGAGUGUAAGGCUCACGGAUAUAUUUAUCCCAACGUGUCCGGAUCUAUCCUCUCUUGUCAUCGAUAUCUGGGUGAACGGUGAAGAAAAAGACCUCAAACGCAUCACAGUUUCCACGGAUAUCGGCAGCAAACCAUUAUUACUAACGGACCUGCUACCACCCCUAAUCUGUAGAUAUCUCAAGAUUUCCAUAUUCGCCCGUCAUGGCACGUUACGUACGAAGCUCAUUCUCGGGGAGUACUUCGGUUACCCUGUGUCGUCGUCGGAAACCGCCGUGGUCGAAGAACAAACGAAGAGGGACGAAGAUGCGUCGAGGGAGGCAUAUCUUAAUCUGAUGUAUGACGAUGUAUUUUGCCAGUAUGGUAUCGCUUGCUCGAAACUCGAGUCUGUGCUGAACUAUAUAGAACCUGGAUCGCUCAUGUCUGGUGGCAACGAGAAAUCAAAAAAGGAGGAGUCGAAAGUCAAGCAGGCUUAUAAAGUGUGCAUGGGUCUGCAAUUACGUUUAAAUUUCUUGGAAAGAAGCAUUCAGCGAAUCAGUAAACGCAUAACUGGUUAUCAAACAUUACCCAAGCUGACCGCUGACGAGAAUAUCGAUGUCACCAUUGAGCAUGCGUCGUACAGUAAACUCAAGUUCAUUUCCGAUUGGUUGGUUCACGUACUGGUGUCCAUAUUUGGUGUAGAUACGUCCUCGGACGUUCCUGGUCAGCGGAUGCCGUGGACUCAGGAUAUUACCUUCGAGACGUGCCAGAGUCUGUUUACGACAUUUUGUGUGAAGGGUAGCUCGGUGUCUCGUGCGAGGGUUGGGGCGAUGUUACUCCGGACCUGUGGGGAGAAAUCCUGGUGGGGAGAGUUCCUGUCUUGGGUCAUGGAGAGGUUCUUUAGUUCAGAUCAAACUCUAAUGUUUUCCCAAGAAAGGUUAUUCCUGCUUUUAUCGUCGAUCAGUCAACUUUCCCCAGUCCAGUAUCCCGUCAUAUCAAGCGCCCUGGGCCUGCUGGAGAAACUGCUCUCCCCAAUACUUCAUGUUACACAAAAGGAUAAAGGUCCACAUCGCUCUCUUGAUUCACGUCUUUUGGAAUGGGUGACGUUAUAUGUUUCUAACCUGUUGGAUAAUUUCAUGGACAGAUCACAGGAUGGUUAUUUGAAAGCAAGAGAUAACGAGGAAAAUGAAAGCAACGAUGGAAAACCACUUUAUGAUCAUCAAACUACCCCCAGAAGAUGGGAUUUCAUUGUCCCUCGUACAGCCAAUGACGCCCUCGGUGAUUCGCUCAAAGAUUCGUGCAAAGGUUUGAAAGGUUCAAAACGUGAGAUGAGAAAACUCAAGAAACAGAUUGCGACAAGACAAAGACGGCUUCACGCUUUACACCAUCAACACAUCUUGAACAAAACUCAUUCAUACGAAAACUAUGCUUCAUCCUCUAGCCCACCGUCGCCGUUUCAAAUAACACAGUGGAAUAAACAGUUCAGACAAAAAGCUAGAAAGCCUCUGAAAGACCUCUUGCGGUUGAAAAAAUUGAUCACGAACAAUCCAUCUGAGCCAGCAAUAGAGAUUCCUUAUCCCAGCCGUAAUAAAAGAUUAUCGCGUGAUUUGUGUCUUCCUGUCAUGAAAGGACUACUUGCUGUGUUGUUAUCGCCUCAAGGAGCGUGUAGCGCUGAGUUUUUUGUACUCGUAUGCAAGGUGUUGGGAUGCCUCACGCUUGUUAGCCAACCAAGAGUCAACUUGAAUGAACUAGCAAGCAAAGAUCAACUCAUGAAGCUGCUGAAGACAUGCGUGAUAUCCGAGGGUGUACCUUCGAGUAGCUGGAGUUCAGGAGAUCAGUGGAUAAGACAUGCUUGUGUCACGUUAUUGCAAGAUCUUGUCAGCGGUAAUGAACAUUUACGACCUUUCCCCGUCAGCGAAACAUCGCAAGUAAAAGCAAAAGACGAACAUGAACCAGCACAGAUGUCGGAGAUUGCCGAAAAACCUACGACUCUUUCCGACACCUCAUUCGGGGAUAUAGCGGAAACCGACGAACCUGUCGACGAAGGGUUUGUCGAGCUUGGUAUGCUCCACGAUUUAUUCGGCGACACGUCGUCGGAAAACUCCGAGCCCAAGAUUUCGGAAAUCUCCGAGCAACCGAUCCAGGAGAUAAUCAUCGCAAAACCCAAGCCACACUCUAAGACGAGGGGCAUGAAAGCACAGCCCGCCCCAGGCCAUUCGGCCGUUGUGGUUUCAGUCCCGUCUGAAAUAUCAACGGCUGAAGAUUGUCGUUUAGAGAUCAGUCUCGAGAUGAAAGCUGAACAGGAACUGCGCCGCCUGGCCUUUACAAGUCGCCAGCGGUUUCUGACUGGUAUGGAUUUAAAGUCCAGUGUCGAACUUCAAGGGAUCGCAGUUGCUGGAUUUGGAUGUCAGGGGGUCGGAAGUUCGGAGGGUGAAAGUUCCGGAUCUGAAAUCUCGGAGGGUCAAAGCUCGAGAGCUGUAAGGUCGGAGGGUGAAAGUUCCGGGGUUGAAAAGUCGGAGUGUCAAAACUCCGGGGUUCGGGAGAGUCGUAGCUCCAAUGAUGAUGCACUGAAUUCUGCUAGUGAAGAAAAUGACAGCGAGGCCAGAACGACAUAUCAUUUUGUAUCAGAGUGUAUUGGAAGCCUCAUUAUUGACUCUUUCAAAGGAUGGUACGAGGUGGAAUCAGUAAUGGAGCUAUGUUUGUUGCUCUGUGAUUCAAGCAAUCUAACUUUCUUAGUGAGCCAGCAAGCCAUGGAGUCCUCACUGGAGAGUCUUUCCACCGUCGAGGGAAAAUCAGCCCGAUUUUGGAAUCUCGCCAUCAGUUGGCUCAGAAUGCUGCUACGACAGACUCAAUACAUCAACGAGGACACACCUACUGAUUACGUCACCGCCGCGAACCUCGUGGCCAACUCGCGAUUUCCACGCGUCCUUGGACAGCUGCUGUCCACGUGUGAUACAGGCGACUCCGGACAGAAUGUUCUUGGACCAUCCCUUGUAAAAAAUUUCAAAUUGUUAUUGAAAGAACUGUCCGCGUUGACCUCGGUUGAAGAACAUCAUGGGAUAAAACCUUCACAGUUCCAAGAGGUCCUUAUAGAUACAUUGUUGUACAUGACCACCCACAGUCGCUCCGAUGUCCACCGUCAUCCCUCAUUAUCUUCCUACCCACUCGACGUUUGCAUGACAUUCUUGGAAUUUCUUGCGCAAAACAUUCCCACUGAUCCACCUUUGCCAGAUCUCUCAAAACUAGUUCAAAUCAUCGACUCCAUUCUUUCCUCGAUUCUUGCCCACCAAUCCUCAUCCAACCAAUUCUGUUCCGUCGCAAAUUCGUCAAAGAAAAAGUUCACGGCCCUAUUUCCCACCGGGGGGCCAUCCCAGGAGGUAUCGAAUGAUCCGAGCCAUGCAAAAUUUCUGCUGCAGUGCCUCGGCGUAUUGUCAAAACUCUUCCAGUUCAACGCAGAGCAGUCACCUUUGUCUGAUCGUCUUGUGAACGAGAGCUCGACGAUGCACAAGCUGUUGAAAUGCUUAAACAUGUGUCGCGGUGAGUCCUUUGAGCUUCUCGAAAUCGGAGUAAAUAUCGUCUCCGGGGAUCUGUCGGAGGUCCAGGGGCUAGAGAAGCCGAACUCCAUCGAAGAUGGCGUCAUGAAGAUAUUCUGUUUGCUUUACAAGCACACGAAAGAACGAUCCCUAAUCAUGCGCAGUUUACUCAAGUUCUUUUCAAGCGACGUGGAAGAGGCCAAUCAAGACUCUUGCUAUCAUCUGUCAGAGUUACUUCUCUGGAUUUUGCUGAAGUUAUUGGAUUCUGACGAGAAUUUCCAAAUUUUUUGUGAAAAUGGCGGUGUAGAGGUUAUCUGUGGCAAGCUGUCACGUGCUACAUCACGUGCCUUGCAUCCGGUCAGAGGCGUGGUGUCUACAGUCAUACAUCAGCUGGGAGUAAAAGUACAUUCAAAACUCGAGGGAGAGAAACAUCUUUUAGCAGCUGCCUGGGAAAGCGACAAACCCUUGGUGAACUUCGCUCCUUAUGGAUCCAUCCACUGUGCCUCUCACAGUGUGGCAAAUGGUCCCGAACAACUCAUAUCCAUGACCGUCCCUACCAGGCGAGCCCGCACUGCUGCAUGGUUACAUCAUUUUGACCACAAGGAUACUUGGUGUUCCCUGCAAAUAAAUCUUCCCAACACUGUUAUUGUGCACGAAGUAGUUGUUCAACCACACUCCGUGUCGCUCUCAAAUUCAACAAGUUAUGUUGUGAUCGAAUUCUGCGACGAAACUUCCUCGGUGACCAAGAUCAGUCCACCUUUACUAACCGCUGGUCUGAGCAACAUUCGUCUGCAGAUCACAACCCCGCAGUUGGCGUCUGUUGUAAGGCUAAGGUUUCAUCGGCCUCGUGACUCUGAUACGCUGGGUUUGAAUCGUAUCGAAAUUUUGGGAACGAGCUUUUACGGGCCAGUACCUGCCAUACAGCCUGUGUUACUCUCUCAGAAAGCAAGUCUGAACUGGUCAAGAGCACUUGAUUACUGUCUUCGUCGUUCUCACACCUUAUCAUCAUCUGUGCUGGAAACGCUGUCCAACGUUGAAGGAAUGCUUGAUGUUUUACUAAAGAUUCUCUGGAGUUUUCCCAAUUCAAAUCUCAAGUCUUGUGUGGAAUUUAUUCUCAUCAAAUUUGCCUCGAGUUCUGAAGCAGUUUGUACUCGUUUACUGAAUCACUUGUUGUACGGAGGAGCUGAUCUUGCUGGCUCCUUGGGUGGGGCGCAUAGCGAAAACUCCGAAAAUGAAUUGCUGUAUCAGCUGGGGAUCAUUAAAGAUGGACAGACGUGGGGAAGGUUGAAACCAAUGUAUGAUUGGUUAUUGUAUGUUGAAGAACAAGCCAAUAUUGAAAGAAGUCAGUCUGUGAAAGGCGGAAAUAAUCUCAUCUCUAAAAUAAGAACCAUAGCAGCAGUCACCUGGUUAAUAAAAGAUGAUCCGAUGCUCUGCGAUGAACUUCAAGAACUUAUUACCGAAGAAAAAAUUAGGCGAUUAUACGAGUGGUCUCAGCGUGUUGUUGAUAUCCCGAUGUUAAAACUAACUUUAGAUUACCUCCUGUGCUCCCUGUGCUUCGUCACCAGGCCUUACUUACAGUUUUUGUUGACUCAGUCGUUUGCCCAAUCAAAAGGGAAGAUUGACUAUCCAGCACUCACAACCUUGGCCCGCGCUUCAAAUUCGUCACCAGGCGCAGCGGAUUUACUCGCGUCAAAUCUCCUCAGGGACGUUGUCGAGAAUGUGGAAAGAUGUUGCAGAAGGUUUAUGAAAGGGUCAAAAAAGAUGUCUAGUUCGACAGAAGUGGCAGAGAAGAUACCGCAAAUCUCGCUAGAAGGUCUUGAAAAGCUCCUGCAGUUUCUAACAAUGUGUUUAGGUAAUGUUCAGCUCAAAGACUGGUUGGGAAGCGAUAAAGGUAGUUCAUUCUGGCAAUCACUGCUAAGCUUUCUCACUGACUGUCACUCGCGAGUUACCACGCGUAUUUCCUCGCGUGCCGCUUCGUGGGACACCUCGCGUGUGCCUAUAUGUCCGCGUGUGCUCGCAAGCUUACAAACGACCACGUUGAGGUACUUUAAGGCAUGCGUGGCAGGCCACGCGAGGAACCAACAAAAUCUAGCUCGUGUACUACACGAAUUGCUCGCGCGAGAAGGUGAUGGCGUCACAUCUAAAACUUUAUCAGGAUUUCUCCGGAGGCUUGUUUUGGAAUUAUUGUUGGAUGAUGAUCAUGUGACUCUUGCCGUCACGUGUUCGAGUGUCACGUCACAGAACGUGGUAACGUCAGCAGGGAAUGCUUCCCAAUCCCCCCUAUGGCAUCCGCGCUUUGGCGCGUCAAGUUCGUGUAAACUUACGACUGUCCGAGUGAAUACGAAAGUUCACGAGAUUUUGAACACAUUUGCCAUGAAUCCCUUGCAACAAUUACAAACUCUUAGUUCGGGGGUGGACGAUUCGACCCGGAAAACGUCGGAAACAUUGCAAGAUUUGGCUGAAUUAUUGGAAUUUGGUGAUUUAUCAAAACACGAAACUUUCACGCUAACAUCCUCUGCCUUCAAUGUUAAACACAAACGCAGUAACCAUGGUGACAAGAAGAAGGAGCAGGGGACUAGUAGCGAGGGAGAGUAUGCCCCUCCCCCCAAAGUGAACCCCUCUACCGAGAAUUGGUUGUGCUGUGAAGAUGGACCGCUUGCUGGAUUACCGCUGCCGAAAGAUACCACCGUCGCGCAAAUCAUGCAAGCAGUAGUUGAACACGGCCAAGGCAUGGGCACGAUAUGUUUGAAGCUUGAUAUCAGGCCGCCAACGGACCGCAAUACCAUGAUUCCCAGCGAGAAAUCACGUGAUAUGGUAUCUCAGAAGUCUGUAUCUACAUUAUUAAAAGUUUUUUCCGAGCUUGGUGGCUUGGCUCUCAUUGCAGAUCAUCUUCCCCCUCGGUUCUCCCUCGGUGUUAAUUCGGACUCAAUUCGGAUUGUGUCGUCGUCGUCUUACAACCCGGCAGUCGUGACGUCACUCGUGCCAGGGCACUCUUUGAUGGGUUUCACAAUGUUUCUACGCCUUCCAGGCUACGCCAGCAUAUUGUUGGAAGAUCAACCAAAUGCUUGCUACAUGCUGAGGUUGAUCCUCGGAGUCGAUGAUUAUGGCGAUGGAGUUACUGCACCGCAGACAUUACCAACAUUACCGUUUACCAUUCUACAACGAUUGAUGACGUUACAUCCCGUUGCCACGGCAACCGGCGCUGGGAUACGUCAGACUGCACUGGACAUUGGCGUGGUGCAUUUGCUCCUGACAUGCCUGGGACUGCUGAGUCAUCACAAACCACGAAAGACAGACGGUCAACACGAGGCGACCAUGGAAGCGCUCAAAGCCUUCAACGCGAACAAUGAGUUGGGUCAAACUCCAUCAAGCGGAAGAACAUCGAGCAAGCAAUACUGGGCGAAGGGAACUGGAUUUGGAACCGGGUCGACUUCUUCUGGCUGGGAUAUUGAACAGGCGCUGGUGAAACAGAAGAAUGAAGAGGAACAUAUUACAUCAAUACUGCAGGUUCUCGCUAGUUUUAUCUGUCCUCUUGGUGUCACAAUCAUCGAGUCAAAUAUCGAUGAUAUAUCUCUGGAUGUUUCUGAUGAAGAUAUUGCCAGUGUCAUGCCAUCGCUACCAGAUAUUUUCAUGAACUCGUGUUUAAUUCCCACCUUGGCAUCGUACUUACGAAACGAUUCAGUUCUUGACAUGGCACGCCACGUUCCACUGUAUCGUGCGAUCCUCGGCUUUGUAAGAUGCAUUGCGGUCAGCCCAAAUUUAGUUCCACUGCUACAUCCGGGACAGCGUAACGCCAAGAACGCCUCCAGCGAUGAUACGUCAUCACUCUGUAGUCUGCUGACCAAGAUGAAACUGUGCGUGGACACAUAUGGGUCAAGGUUACGGUCGUCCGAAAAAGUAGACGAUGGAAAAACGAAAAUCAGAGUGGAAACACCUCCGUCAAAACAACUCAACAGCAAGGCCGAAGAUCUUGAAAACGAAAGCCUAUCCCUGCUUAUCCCUGAUGUGCAGACAACCUCCAUGCUUGUUCAUAAGGCUGUUGAUAGAUACCGCUGGGAGCAUUUGACGAUUGACGGCUCGAGUACAGAUGGCGAUGCUCAAGGCCAGGGAUCUGGUGAAGAGCAACUGAGUACGGAGGAAAGAUACUCGUCCAUAAUGAUGCCCUUGCAGUUUGAUACGUUCUCCAUGGUGGCCGAAGGUGCGGACGGAAAGACAAGUUUUACGAUUCCUUACCAUUUUUCAAGCUCUGUAAAAUCAGCCACAUCCUCGGGCCAACGAACAAACGCGGGCAGAGCAAGACGUUUAGCUCAAGAAAUCGCCUCGUUAUCAACAUCGCUGCCUCUUUCAUACAGUUCAAGUGUUUUCGUAAGAUGUGACGAGGAACGGUUGGAUAUUAUGAAGGUGCUGAUGACUGGACCUGCUGACACUCCGUACGCAAAUGGUUGCUUCGAAUUUGAUGUAUAUUUUCCUCCCGAUUAUCCCUCUAAUCCGAUGCACAUUAGCUUUGAGACGACUGGAAAUCAUCGGAUUAGAUUUAAUCCAAAUCUUUAUAAUGACGGAAAGGUUUGUUUGAGUAUUUUAAACACUUGGCACGGACGGCCUGAAGAAAAAUGGAAUUCACAGACAUCCAGUUUUCUCCAGGUUCUUGUGUCAAUUCAAUCACUAAUCUUAGUCCCAGAACCUUACUUCAAUGAACCUGGGUACGAGAGGUCUCGCGGGACGCACUCGGGUACCGUGAACUCGCGUGAAUAUGACGCAAACAUUCGACAAGCCACCGUGAAAUGGGCAAUGCUGGAACCGUUAAAGAAUCCUUGUCCCUGCUUUAAACAAGUGAUCGAACGCCAUUUCUUUCUGAAGAAGGACGAAGUAUUAGCACAAUGCAAUGGAUGGAUCAAAGAACUCGAGGCUUGGGCGAAGGAGAAACGAACAAUGCGCUCAAUCACGCAUCACCUCGACUCACUACGACGACACACGACGCAACUGCGCGAGGAAAUUGCGAAGCUUUCCGACGAAUGUUUACAAACACCUGACGAGGAUCCGGAAUGACGUUUUAUCCCCAGCUUCAACACCACGUUUCCCAUUGCGAUUCAAUGGAAACCCGAAUUAUCCACGAAUGAUCUUCAACAACAAACUAACAAAUGCCGAAAUACACACGUUUGACGUAACUUAGCACUGAAAAAUAAACUUGUCUUUUAGUGUGCAAAAUUCAUAUUUAAGAAACGUUUACCCCAUAUUGAGUUUUAAACCCUUCUUAAAAGAGAUGUAAUGUCAACUCGAUUGAUAUUUUUUGUUUCGUAAUCUGCACUAUGAGUUUUGUAUGCGAAAGAGACUAUCUUCAUUAAAACAGAACAAUGUCUUGUCGUCGUUGAACUGAAGCGAUAUAUAUUAUGAAAUGGCGACAGGAAAUAGUGCACAAAUAAAACUCACACAAAUUUCACCAAUAAAACCACAAAUGAAUUGAUAUUAAAUAAACUU